AUGGCACUUCAGGCUCACUGGUCUGAUGAAGACCUGGAGGUCUUGAUUGCCUUUCUUGUCAGUAAAAAGGCAGCUGCUGGAGAUGGUCUCUCUUUCAAAGAUGCCAUCUGGACUGAGGCAGCUCAAGAGGUCAACAACAAGAGUCCCCCACUGAGAGGAGCUCCAAAAACUGCUGGAAGCUGUAAAAGCAAGCUGCAUAAGCUGAAGCAAAUCUUUAACAUUGUUUCAGACAUAAAGGCUCAAUCAGGAUUUAAGUGGGAUGAGGAAAGAGGAGCAGAUAUAGAUGAUACUACUGCUGAGGUCUGGGCAGCAUAUGAGAAGAGGCACAAAGGAGCAUCCCCCUUUCGGAACAAAGGCUGGGUAUGGUACAACAAGCUUGUGCCUAUUAUGCCCAAUGCUCCAAGAGGUGCACAUGUUUUUCAUGCCUCAACCCAGUCACAGCAGUUUGUAAAUGAGAACGAGGGAGGGGAAAUAAGUGAUGAUGAGCUUGAAAAACCUCUAUCUGGUUGGGGGUCUCCCUCACCUCCUCCUUCUGCUUCGCUUAUCACAUCUCAAAAUGUGGUAAUUCCAGCCAAACGACGGGAAUCUGCUCUUUCAAGCGACACAGAGUUUUCAGUUUCUUAUUCGGCCAAACGUUCUCGCAGUCACGGUUCCGAGCGUCCAUCUGGUGCCAUGGCCUUACAUGGUAUGAACAGUCGUCUUGAUGAAUUUACAGAUGUGUUCAGAGAGGCUUUUGUUGGAAAGAGGGGUGGUGUUGAAGCAACUCCUUCUAGAAAGACUCGGGCUAUGAAGCGCGUACAGCAGCUUGAAACGCAACUGUCUAAUAGCCGUAAAGCGCAAAUCGGCCGUAUACAAUUACUGUAUAUUGUGCCCUACAUGCCUCUGUAG